CUCACUCACAACUAUUCCUCCUUUUCUAAACUCAGCCAUUUUUUCCUUUGUCCAUAUUCUUCUUCUUCAGAGUCUCCAAAUGGCUGGUGUUGAGGUUGAGAAGAUAGUAUCAAACACAGAAGAGAAGACAACAACCGAGACGCCUAAGAAAACCGUUCAUGCAGAUGAUUCAGCCACUGUGGUUGAAGUUGAAAUCAAAGGAGAAGAAGUACCAAAUGUAGAGAAUGAAACUGAAAAAACCGAGAUAGCUCCGGUUAAAGAGGAGAAACCAGUUGUAAUUACAGCAGUUGUGGAGGAGAAAGAUGGUAAACCGGCUGUCAAAUCUCCGACUAAGGAGGAGAAGCCUGUUGACGGCAAGGCAGUGUAAUAAAGCCUUUUUUUAACCUAUAAGAACAUUUUGUUUCUUCUUAAAUCCUAAAUGGGUUUCUUUUUCUAUGAUGAGACUAUUGAGGUGGUCUAAAGAGAGUUUGAUGUUUGUUUGCUAAAUAAAAAAAGAAAGCUUUGUAAUCUAAUUUCAUAUAAUACAAAGAAAU